AUGGCCAUCCUCUCCUACCUCGUAACGAGCCUCACCUCCUACCUCGCCCUGACCGUCUCCCUCUUCGGCCUCUCUUUGAAAUUCCCGCGUGCCGGCUUCUUUGCCCGCUGUCUGGCCGCCUAUGGCUGUCUCGUCGUCUGCGCCUCCUACGGCGUUGUCGCCUCCAUCGUCUUGCGCCUAUUCGGCUACGGCGGCCUGUCGCAGUGGACCGUCGCGUGCAGCUUCAAAUGGGCCAUGCGACUGUGUACCGGGUCGCGCUUUGAGGUCGUCUCUGGCGCCGAACACCUCAGCACACGCCCAGCCGUCUUCAUCUCAAACCACCAGACGGAGCUAGAUGUGUUGUUGCUUGGCGCGAUCUUCCCACCCUACUGCAGCGUGACGGCCAAGAAGUCGCUGUCACGCGUGCCGGUGCUUGGGUGGUUCAUGACCCUGUCUGGCACCGUGUUUAUUGACCGGGCGAACCGGGAGACGGCCCUGAAGGCGUUUGAUGGUGCAGCGGACCAGAUGCGGAGGGAGAAGCAGAGCGUGUUUAUUUUCCCGGAGGGGACGAGGAGUUACUCUGCAGACCCGGUGUUGUUGCCGUUUAAGAAAGGGGCGUUCCAUUUGGCGAUUAAGGCUGGUGUGGAUAUUGUUCCUAUUGUGGCGGAGAAUUAUGCGCACUUGUUGGAUGCAAAGAAGUUGCGCUUCGAGGCUGGGACGAUUCGGGUUAAAGUACUCCCACCGCUCAGCACCAAGAAUCUCCAAUCCAGUGAUGUUGAUGAACUGACCAAGAAGGCACGGGAGUCGAUGCUGGAAGUUCUCCAGGAGAUGUACAAGACGAGAGACACCGGAAAUAUGGACAAAUCGUCAUCUAGGAGCCCUGUCGCAAUGGCUUCCCACGCCUCCUCUACUGCCAUUGAGAUUUAA